AUGGAUUCGCAUCAAUCAGUUGACUCGUUUGCGACGACAACAUCGGAUACCUCUGUCAAAUCGGUUGCAGACAUAGUCGAUGGAGUCCACAAGCUUGCCAUAGAGGAAGAAGACGACUACCAAGUACACGAAGACGAGCUCGUGACCCUUGGAGAGGUUAACUUGUAUAUCUCAGACGACUCUGGUGCACUCGAGGACCUGGAAAAUGCAUUUGGAUACCAUGUAGAUAUUGCUACUCAGGAGCUUCAGCAUGCGCACAGACCAGUCUAUACGCGCGCACUACUCGAGCGCGUAAAGUAUUGGACUGAUCAAAUCCGUCAAGAGUUCCCUUUAGCAUCUAACCAGCGACUACUCGAUCAUGUUGAUUCUUACGGGCUGAACAAGGAAAAGUGCAGGAUCUGGAAUCGGAAUGGUAACACUAAUGCUAACACCACCCAAGUUGAAUAUCUCUCGCGAGUUGAGAUGCAUCCUGACUUUCAAAGUCGUUAUGGAAAUCAUUCAGAACAGAUCAAGGCUCUUCGAUGCUAUAACAAAGACCGCGCGCAGGACUGCAUCGACACGCCAUAUACGUUCAUAACCCUCGAUCGAUGCUUUUUGAACGAACGAAAGGAUACAGCAAAGAUGACCAUCGCGGCGCCGAUCAAGAAGAUUGUGUAUUUUGGGCUGGGACGUGUAAGCCCGGCUUACAUGUACGACAGUCUUUUCCAAAACAUGGCGGUUUUGAGUAUGGCGCUAGAUCUGGUCAAGCACUACGAAGCGGCUGGAAUAAAACAAGAGAAGAUUCAGAUCGUUCUCCAAGGCCCUUGGUACGAGGAGACGGACUGGACGCUAUUUAGAGAACUUCAUCAGACUAUGGGCUGCAAGACUAGUACCGACUUGGAUUUCGUUCAGGAUCCAGACGGUCUUCUCGUCAUCGACUCCAGCACGAUGGUCGUAGCUCCGCAUCUGCCUAAAAUGUUCCCUUGGUCUCAGAUCAUCGCUGAUCUCUUCGCGUCGGGGUCAGGACUGGCCGUUAUCAUUGGAGACUGUCCUGUGACUGAACGCCGUCAGUUCGGCAAGAAGACAACAUUUACUUUCCUCGAUCGAGGAUCACCAACCGUCGCGAGAUUUCUGUCAGACAGAUAUGUGGUGUUCCAGAAAGGUCUCUGGAACGGGGGCGAUGGAACAUUACUUGCUCUCGGAAUGGACGAACAUAGCCCAUUCUCAAUCGACUAG